AUGGAGAGGCAGCAGCUUGCGGCAGAAAAGAAGCAGAAAGAAGAGGCAGCCACAAAGGUACAAGCAAUCUAUCGCGGCAACACAGCACGCAAGGAGCUGGCUGAUCGCCAGCCAAGCCGUGACGCUAAGGAGAAGACAGAUCUGCCACAAAGUGCCAGUGACAAACAGGCCACGGCCGAAGCACCUGGUGUCGAGAAAACAAAUGCAACACAGCAAGAGCAGGAGAAAGCAGCGACCAAAAUUCAGGCAAUCCAGCGAGGCAGAGCAGCGAGGAAAGAUGCAGCAGCAAAGAAGGAGGGGUCUUUCCGCAUCCCGACCAGCCGUGACGCUAAGGAGAAGACAGAUCUGCCACAAAGUGCCAGUGACAAACAGGCCACGGCCGAAGCACUUGGUGUCGAGAAACCAAAUGCAACACAGCAAGAGCAGGAGAAAGCAGCGACCAAAAUUCAGGCAAUCCAGCGUGGCAGAGCAGCGAGGAAAGAUGCAGCAGCAAAGAAGGAGGGGUCUUUCCGCAUCCCGACCAGCCGUGACGCUAAGGAGAAGACAGAUCUGCCACAAAGUGCCAGUGACAAACAGGCCACGGCCGAAGCACUUGGUGUCGAGAAACCAAAUGCAACACAGCAAGAGCAGGAGAAAUCAGCGACCAAAAUUCAAGCAAUCCAGCGUGGCAGAGCAGCGAGGAAAGAUGCAGCAGAGAAGGAGACAGGCGUCCCUGGUCCUGAAGCUCUCAAGGAGGAGGCGGCCAUUGCGCACGAGGCAGCUGGAGUGGCUGCUGCCCAGGCCCUGGCGGCCUCCAACCAACGCAUGGAGGCAGAGGCAGAGCUGGAAGCGGCUGCGCGGCGCCGGGCCGAAACAGAGGCAGCGUGCGCAGAAGUGAAGGAGAAGGUUUUGGCCGAGGAAAGCCGCGCGGCAGCUGCGGCCGCAGCGCAGCUGCAGGAAGAAGCAGAGCUGCGGCGACUGUUGCAGCAGUCCGAGGAGAUGGAGGAGGCGGCGCGGCGUGCCGUGGCCAUGCGAGAGGAUCUCAGGGCCAGGCAGAGGCGGGCGGAAGAGCUUCUCGCGGAGUGUCGGGAGGAGGAACUGCGCACCGAGCAGCUCGAAGCGCAGGCGCAAGCCAGAAGAGCGAGACAGGAGGCGCAGCCCUCGCCAGCCUCCGCAGACAAGCAGGAGCCGGGGCCGGAGGUGUCUGUGCCAGAGGCCACAGAAGCCAAAGGGCACCCUGCAGCCGAGCAAGAACGCGCGGAAGCAGCCACGAAGAUCCAAUCUCUGCAGCGUGGAAGGAAGGCCCGGUCCGAGACGGGAAAGAAAGGCAAAGCUCCGCCCAAAAAGGCAAACAUCCAGGUGUCGGUGGGCGGAAUGAACAUGGGCGUCUGA